AUGCCUAUUCACGCCAUGUCCAACAAAUUCUCGACCACCGAGACCGUCAAUGAGAGACAGAACCAGUCUCCUCUUCUGCAGGGCUGGCACUUCAAUCGGCUCGACAUCAAUGCAUCCAUGGAUGCGGAUGCCAUGAGCAGCCCGCUCACCUCUCGUGUACGAUCAAUGGUCCCUCCAUUCUCGGAUGGCAUGUCCGUUCUCGCACCCACAGCCGACUUCCUCUCUACCGGCGCCCCGAGAAUGGUACCACAAUGGUGGGUAUGCUGCGGAUGUGACCAGAUGGUCAAUCCCAACCUGGCAUCGGAGGACAAGUGCCCGAUUUGCGCGCAUUCCAAGUGCCCUUCUUGCAAGAAAGAGGAAGUGCGGUAG